AUGGGACUAUAUAUCGUUAAAAGUCUUUCUCGUUAUUCAAAUGUGGAUUCAACUUCGGUUUAUCAUCCAUUGCUCAAUAAUUUUGAUAAUUUAAAUGUAAAUAAUGGUGGUACUUCCUCAGAUUUUUCUUCUUUAAAUGGGCAUCAACAAAGCUCUAACCUUUUACCUCUUCGUGUUUCUACCUGGGAACAUAUUCGUUAUUUGCUUGGUUAUUGUUUAUAUGUUUGGAAUUGGCUCCUUGUUGGAUUUUUAUUUUUGGUUAUUUAUGCCUCUGCUAGAGUUUUUGUACCUCUUUACACCGCUCAAGUUAUUUCGGGUAUUGUCCAUACAAGGGAUGUUCAUCAAUUUUUCGAAUCUGUUUUAUUUAUGUCUUUGCUUCUUUUAAUUGUAACUCUUUUCGGUGGUCUUCGUGCUGGAACUCUUAAUUACACUACUGCACAAAUUAAUCUUUUAAUGAGAAGAGAUUUAUUUAGUUCAAUUAUCUCUCAAGAAAUUGCUUUCUUUGAUCAAGCACAGACAGGCGAAAUACUUUCUCGUUUAAUUUCAGAUUGUGAGACAAUGUCAGCAACAAUAUCUACAAAUGUGAAUAUUUUGCUAAGGAAUGGUUUAAUGGUUAUUGGAUCAGUUGUUUUUAUGAUGGGAAUGAGUUGGCGUUUAACUCUUUUAACUGUUAUUGUGAUUCCUCCAAUCACAUUUUUUACAAAACUUUACAGUUCUUAUUAUGAUAGUUUAAGUGAAAAAACACAAAAAACAAAAUCGGAUGCAAAUCGUGUUGCCGAGGAGGUUAUAGGGUGCAUGCGAAAUAUCCGUGCAUUUGCUUCUGAACAAAAAGAGAAAGAUCGUUUUGGAUGGCAUUUAUUUAGAACGCUUGAAAUUAAUAAGAAAAAAUCUAUGGCAUUGGCUGGAUUCCAAUGGGUUAAUGAAUUUGCAAAUAAUUGUAUUCUUGUAGCUAUUCUCUCUUAUGGCGGGCAUUUGGUUCUUUCUGGACGAAUGACUGCUGAUCAAAUGCUUGCAUUUAUGUUAUAUCAAUUACAACUUGGAGAGAAUUUUUAUAUGUUGAACAGUGUAGGGACUAGUUUAAUGGAAUGUGUUGGAGCUUCGCGUAAAGUUUUUGAAUAUAUAAAGAGAGAACCAAAAAUAAAAUUAGAUAAAGGAGAAUUGAUGCCAGAAAAGGUUCUUGGAAAAAUUGAUUUUUGUCAAGUUGGUUUCUCUUAUCCUACACGACCAAAUACUCACGUUUUAAAGGAUCUUUCUUUUUCAAUUCUUCCCGGUGAAGUUGUUGCUCUAGUAGGACCAAGCGGUGCUGGUAAAUCAAGUAUAAUAGCUCUACUGGAACAUUUUUAUGAACCACUUUUUGGUCAAAUUCUUUUAGAUGAUUAUCCAAUCGAACAAUAUGAACAUAAAUAUUUUCAUAAAAUUGUUUCGUUAGUUUCUCAAGAGCCAACUCUUUAUGCUUGUUCUGUUCGUGAAAAUAUUUUAUAUGGAUGUGAAGAAAAUGAAUAUACAUUAGAUGAUGUGAUGAAAGCUGCAAAAUUAGCUAAUAUUCAUAAUUUUGUAAUUAAUAGUGAAUUUGGGUAUGAAACAAAAUGUGGAGAAAAUGGUGUUCAAAUGAGUGGUGGUCAAAAACAAAGAAUAGCAAUUGCUAGAGCACUUGUUCGAAACCCUGUUGUUUUAAUUUUGGAUGAAGCUACUUCAGCUUUAGAUUCUGAAAGUGAACAUGUUAUUCAAGAAUCUAUAAUGUUAUGUAAAAAAGGUAGAACAGUUAUUUUAAUUGCUCAUCGCCUCUCUACUGUUGAAAGGGCCGAUAGAAUUAUUGUUUUAGACGAGGGGAAUAUUGUUCAGAUGGGUUCUCAUUCUGAAUUAAUGGAACAACCUGAAGGUCUUUAUAAUAAACUUGUUAAAAGGCAAUUAUUGGGAAAUGCAAAUAAUAAUGAUUAA